UCCUAGCCUUGUGGUAACUACUUCCCUUGACAAAAAUCCUUCUGUUUCUGAGGCUUUGAGCUGUAAUGGGAACCUUAGAGGUCCUGAGGUUGAACACCCACCAUGUGUUCGACAAAAUUCCCCAAAAGUUUUUCUAUGAUUUCCAUCGGUUUGGAUUCUUCUGUUUGCAUUACCAGUUCUUGCGGUCGAUAUAAAUCCUUAAAUAUUGAUUCCAUCCGAUCAAGUUGCACUAGCAUCUCCUUGAGAAUUGCUCUUUGUUAAUUUCUUAAAAACAAUGUCAAAAAUAUUGUCGAUACACACAGUUAGAGAAAAAAUUGUGGCUCUCAAUGAAAGCACCAAUUGAUAGAGCCAGAUUUGGUUCUACCAAAGAAGUGAAAAAGACGAUGAGAAUCAGAAGAAUAGGGUUUAGAUGAGAAGAGGAUUGGAGAAGGAAGAACAAGAAGACAGAGAGUAAUUGAGAGAGUUCACCUCUUGUGCCACAAAAGGAAAAAUGUUAACCACUCAUGCCACUGUUAUGUUUUCUUUUUAUUAUUGAAUUUCUUUUAAAUCGUAAAACUGAGUAAUUUACCAAAAACCCAGACGAAAAUAAAAAAACUACGACCCAACCUAAUAAACCCGAACCCAGCCCACUUGAAAAUAACCCGGCCCAUAAAAUUUCCCCAAAUUUACCCUAAUUUCCCUAAGUGUAAAUCGAAAACUGUAAAAUUUCAGAAAAAUUUCACCCGUCUCCCGGGAAUUCGAUUCGUUUCUCUCUCGAAUCUCUCUUCUCCGCUCCGUCGCUUGUUUUCCGGCGUCUCGUCGUCUCCGUCGUCUUCUUCUAGCCUCAGAACUUCGGCCGUCGUCUGUGGUACUCCGUCAAUCGUCUCCUCCGUCUCCUCCGCGUUCAUUUGUCUUUUCGUCUCCGCCGCCUCCGUUCGUAUUCGUUUCCUCCGCGUGUCUUCGUCUCCUCCGUAUAUGGCUCGUGUGAUAGAGGGAGGUAGGGAAUAUGAGUCAACAGAAAGGUCUCGAGAAGCUUCGACGACGGAUGUCGCUGUUCCAACAAAAGCUCCGCUUGAUGCUUCUGUUCCGACAGAAGAUCCGACGGAUUCCGCUGUUGCUGUAUUUGUUCCAAGAGUGGAUGCUUCGGUUCUGGAAUUGUCUGAUAGAGAAGGGAAAGACUCAGUCCGUGAGUCAAAUGAAGACGUUCGUGAGUCCGAUAAAGAAGUCAGUGAGUCCGAUAAAGAAGUCAGUGAGUCAAAGGAGAAAGAAAAAGAAGUCCGUGAGUUGUCAAUUGAUGGUCAGGGUUGUGAUAACGAGGAAGAAGAGAGAGUUGGUGAUGCUGAGGGUGGAGAAAGGAGUGGUGAUAAUGAGGAGGAAGAUGUUGCUGGUGUUGUUAAGAAUAUAGUUGAUAUUGCUAUUGAGGAAGAGGAAGAGGAGAGGGUUAAUGAUGUUGCAGCUGAUACAGAUGAGGAUGAUGAUGAUGAGGAAUCCCAACCACUGCCGCCAGAGAGCAUGUACUUUAGUCCAACUGAGUACAACAAGGUAUGUAAGGUAGGUAGUAGGUGUAAAGUUGGCCAAACAGUGGCCAUGAUAAAGGCAUUUGAUGAGGAAGUUAGUUGGUUUAGGAAUCAUGCUCAGUUUAAGCAUAUAUUCCACAUGCCUAAGGAACCAAAUCACAUGAUUCAAGGCAUGUGGAUGCUUAUGCUUCGCACUGCUCGCACGGGUAUGGAGAAUGAGUGUUGGUUUGUUGUGAAUGGAGUGCCUAUAAGGUACUCCUUGAAAGAGCAUGCUUUGUUGACCGGGUUGGACUGCCAUGAGUACCCAAAGAAUCAUGAGAAGAAGGGUAGUUUGAGGUUUGUCAGAAGGAUGUUUGGGAGGACAGACCUAAUCAAAAUCAAAGAUGUAGAAAAGAAGUUGGCAGCUAUUAAGAGUGAGAAGUGUUUGGAUAGGAAGAAGUUGAUUAUUUUGUUGUUUUUAUGUGCGGUUGUGAAGGCUGAUUCUAAGGGUGAUGGGAACAUAGAGCAAUUCCUGUUAAGGAUUGUUGAUGAUGUUCAUGCUUGUGAGAUAUUCCCGUGGGGAAGGUAUUCUUUUGAGCAAUGUAUGACAGGGAUCCGGAGAAUGAUGAAAAACAUGAAAGGUGAGGUGAAACCAAAAGCACAGAGCAGCUUUUUUGGAUUCAUCACUCCUCUUGAGGUAAAAACUUGUGAAUAUUGUAAUGAGUUAGAGUGUUUAAGUUAUAGUAGUAAAAUUGUGUUAUUGUGAAUGUGUAGAUU